UUUUCUGAUUUGCGCCUGCCACUCGCGCGCUCUUUCAAAUCGCUCGCAUCAGCUGCGCCGCGACCAGCCGUCUUGGUGAAGCCUCGAGAUGGAUUCUUGGGCGCCUUUGGCACCAACCAAGCGCUUCUCGCUCCAAGCGCCAGGGAUUGGUGGAGGCCGGGGCGUAGGCUCCUAUGCUCGCGCUUCGGUCAUUCUGUCCACCGGCAACGACGCGGAUCAUGGAGAGGCACUGCCGACCUCUCCUGCCACGGGUAAAGCGGGCGAGAAGAAGGAGCCGACCAUCAAUGGCUUGCCCGAGAGCCUGAUUCGCACAAUCCUCGGCUACGUGCCACUGAGGGAUCUCGGAAGCUGCAAGCUGGCAGGAAGGAGGCUUGCGAGGGUCGUCACCGACGACAGGCUCUGGAAAGAGAGGUUGGACAGGCUGGAUUGGGUUCAGGUGGACGGCGAGGAGGAGUCCGAUCGAAAGUCUUUGUUCCAAGACGGUGACGCUGGAGGAGACGAUCCAUGGAGGAGGCGUGCAGUCGGUAGGAGGAGAGACAAGCCGAUCGCGGCAAAAGCUAGCGCGAAUGGUGCAUUGUCACCCAGCAGCAAGAAUGGGGACGCCUCCAAGUCUCCGCAUCUCGCACAAGGUGGCCUGUCAGCUAGACACGACGUCGAUGACGACUUUGGCGAUUUCGCAAAGCCCUCUAUUGAUGGCUCACCAGCCAAUGCUGACGACGAGGACGACGGCUUUGGCGAUUUUGCCUCUGCGCCUCCUGCACGCGUACCCGGAGGCUCUUUAGCGGCCGGUCUUGCGAGCGUAGCUCUCGGAGGCGGCUCAAGCUCCAACAACAGCAAUUCAUCCGGCUUCUCGCCAAUCUCGCCAGUGAAGCUGCAAAAGCCUGCUCAACCGACGUCGCUGUUCAGCUACUCUGCCGAGUCCGCCUUGCCUCUCUGCACAAAGUCGAGCGUGCAUUUCAGAAGGCUGUGUGCCUUGGCAAAGAGGCUCAGACCUCAGCUGAACGGUCUCGCUGCUCAGAUUGGAGGAGGCGGAGGCGUUGUGGGAUGCAAUCUAGGGGGCGACUUGGGCCUAUCGCAUAGUGCAGCUUUGCAUGCCAAUGCACUGAGGUGGCUGCUGCCUCCCGAGGAGGGAGGUGUGGGCGGAUCAGGAUCAGCCAAGGUCCCUGCUGCAGAGCUGCGCAAAGGAGUCAUCUCCUCUGGCAGAAGUCUGGUCGAUCACGCUUUCAUGACCUUCGAAGGCACUCUGGACCGCCGUGCGGAUGCCGUCAGGGCGGCCAGACAUGGCGCAGAUACGGCGCGCAGCGUUCGACGAGCAGAAGCGGAUCUUGCAAACGCUGCUCAUGCGGUUUGGGAAGUUGGCCUGGCACUCGAGGAGGACGCGAGAGCCAACGCUCUUGCAGAGAAGUACAUGGGCCUGGUCAUCAGUGAGGCGCAAAGAAUUGGCAAAAAGCACGAUUCGAGAAGAAACAUCGUCUCACGACCACCGGACGGCAUCUCACUCGACUUCACGGCCAUGGAUGUCUUCAUGGCCGAACUGUUAGAAGCAGUGGGGAAGGAAGCAGAGAUCAUUGCCAGGGUGUUUCCACCGACGCAGGAUGCUGUCUUGAGGUACGCACGAGACGUGGCCGAGAGUGCUAUCUCUGCGUACAUCUUGCCCCUCCUGCAACGAGCAAAGCAGCACUCAGAGCAUCUAUUCCUGCGCUCUUGCGCUGCCGCUUUCUCGCAAGCCCUUCGGCUCGUCGACGUGCUGAUGGCCAUCACCGAUAAAGACCCCCUGACCGUCACUAAGACCAGAUGUGAGGAUGUCGUCUACAAAAUGUGGGAGAAGCACAUGGACGAAUACUUGGAAAAGGAAAGGACGUGGGUCUCGGAAGCGAUGCUGCGGAUAGCACGCAAGUGGCAAGAAGAUGUCGAGAACGAAGCCACGCGCACGCGAGCGGAUGCUGCGGCGUUCCUUGCAUCCCAAAAUCCAGCAGCAGUAAAGCGGUCUGUGCUCUCAGGCUUCAAGGACGUGCUACUGCUACCAGUCACUGUCGUUCCGCGUACAGCUCUAUACGUCGGGAGCGCAGCUGUACGGACCGCAGGUACUGGUUUGUCAGCUAUCAACCCCAUGCGAUGGCAAGGUGGCGCUACUGGCAGCGGAAAUGGCGAUACGCUGACCCCAAAUCCAUCACAAGAUGGCGCAUCAGGUAGAAAGCAGGCCGACCUUCCGAUACCUCGAAGCCCAAGCGGCCUCAAUGAGAAAGCCACGAACGAGGCAGCCAAAGGGUACAUCGACUUUAGCCAAGCCGACGCUGAGGGCGGUAGCGCUGGUCCAGGCAUGUACGGUGAGGAUUCGGAUGAUGAUGACGACGACCAAAUCAACGAGAAAGGACCGAGCGGGUUCGGAGAUAACCCUUUCGGCGAAACCGAGAGGGAUGAAUGGAGCGCAGAGGUAGAGGCUUGGGGCGCAGUUGCCAACGCACGACCAGCACAAGUGCCGGCGCCGAUCACUGGCGCAACCCAGAUCGUGGGCUCAGGGGCUUCCGUGACCCCAUCGUCGCGACCAAGCUCGCUUGUUCCAACACUGACUUCUGGCGGGAGGACCACGCCUUCCUUGGGGAUUUCUUCGUCCGCUACCUCUCGUGCGGGCACGCCUCAGCUCCGAGUGCCCAGCUCUCCAGCACUGCCGUCGACGGCUGCCGAGUCCUUAUCUCGCCUUCAGCUCCUGCUCUCACUCGACGUAGCAUUGCAGCUCAUACACGUCAAUCGAGACUGCAUCAAGCGCAUCGAGACGUUUGCCGAAUACCCCGAUACCUAUGGCACGCGCGUCCACGAGGAGAUCGAGAAGAACGCGGCCGCUGCGAUGCACAUCUUGGCCGAACAGCACAUUGUGCCUGGCUUUCGGAAGGCUACCGAGCAGAUCGAAAGCUGGGAUCCAGCUCAGAGUGCACCCGCUUCUGGAGCCGGCGAGCUUGACGAGAAGAACAAGGAAGGCACGGCUGAGCACGUCAUGCCGCUCGUGCACUUCUUUGAGCUCGUGCACGUAGGAGACACCAUCCAGCAGAUGGUCCAGGUCUACUUUGAUCAAGAACUCGGUAGACACUUUGACCGCACUGAUUUCCUAAACAUUGUGGUUAGAGAGAAGAAACGCUUCGAAGCUGCGCUCGAUGAAAGCGUGGCCAAGGGACUUAAUGCCGGUUUGGAUCUUCUGAUGGGGCAGGCAGAGUACAUCUUACAGACUCGACAGGACCCGCGCGACUUCAGCCCGCCGGCUGGCCAGGAUCCCGAUCUUGGCCCUACACAAGCUGCAAAAGACUGCAUCAAGUGUCUGCGAGAUCACUGUCGCAUGCUGGUGGGCAGCACCGACAAGAAUGUGCUCGAGGUGUUUUACUUGGAGGUUGGCAUGCGCCUAUACGCUGCUCUCACCAAGCACCUACGAAGGCAGAUCAUCAAUCUCGACGGCGGCUUCAAAGUGAUCGCUGACCUCAACGCUUACCACGCAUUUGUUCUGACGCUGCGACAGCCGAGUGUGACGCAACACUUUGAGGCGCUAAAGAUGCUGGGUAAUAUAUAUAUCAUCGACUCACCAAGAGAGUUGGCAACCAUCGUUAGGGACGCGGCUCACUUCAGAGGGCUCAUCAGCCCUGAGGACCUUUACGAACAUCUCAAGUCUCGCUCGGAUUUCAAGGCAAUCGAGGCUCAGAUUGACAAGGAAAUGUACGGCUUCAAGAUUCGCGAAGACUGUGUCGUCGCUUGAACUUGAAAGCGAAAGCGUUGCCGCGUCGCCCUCAAGAAAGCUAAUUGGCUUAGGUCGCA